AAUGAAAUCAAGGGUUGAUAGUCUUUGAGGAUGGGGUUAUGAAGAAGGAUUGGGAUUUGGGGGUGAAGAGAUUCUAAUCUCUCAUCCGCCUAGCUAGUUUUAAGUAUCCCCUCUUUUAUUGUCUCAAAGGGCACCACUCCUCUCAUACUGCCUACUGCGCCCUAGUUACUUGCAACUUCUGCAGGGACAUGGGUCAAGCAGCUGGAACUUGUGCUGCAGAUGAACGAGAUAGAGUAAGAGGGCUUUCACAGCAUCACAGUGGAGCUAAUCCGCCCAGUAAAGAUAAUAUAGUCGAAAUGUGUUAAUGGGAAUGAACUACAAGCUCUCAACUUCAGCAAUAUGAACUUUUGGGUUUUCUGGAAUCUCUCUUUGCAAAUUAUGCAAUGAAUUCGGUUCCGGACAUCAGACAUGGGACAACAGAAGAUAAGCCCUUGUUACCAACAUUAUCCAAUCGCGCUACUUACAAACUAGAUAUUAAUUAAUUAUUUUCCAAAUGAACGAUGAGACAGUUCUACUAUCUGGUCGGUUGCAUUGGAUUAAAAAAUCAUUAGUAUUAAACAAUGCCCUUACCAGUAAUUUGGAUCCAUUUGUUGUAAACUGAUUGAUUAACAUGUUGCAUAAAAAACAGGCCGUAAUCGAAUAUAGAAAUGUAAAAGAAGAUUAUUUUAUCCCUACAUUAAAAUUCAUCUAAUUUGAUACGACUUCUAACUGCUUCUUCCUUGAAUUGUACCACGUAUCCAACUACUAUGGUUUAUUCUAAUACAAUGUUCCUUAAAUUUUGCUGCUAAUCUCAUUUUAACAUUUUUAAAUUUGCUGCAAGCUCGGUUCCCUCCUGUGACUAAUCACCAUCUGUAUUCUAUCUCAGCUUUGUAUAUACUAAUAAAGUGGAGUUGCAUGAGUAAGCAUUCCAGAAAAAAAGGCUAAAAGAAGUCAUUAGAAUAAUAAGAUUAAUGUUGGCAUUUUAGUUUUUUGUUGUAUAUGGGAAGAGAGUGACUCAAACGUGGUUGUAGACAUGUAUCUUUUCACAGUUCACAUGCUCUUUUCAUAUUCUGAAACUGUUGCUCAUUUUUUAUACACAUAUUCAAGAUUCUUGAAUUUUCUACAAGGCUUGCAAGACUGAUCAAGAUUUGAACUUUGAAGUGAUUUCAAGAUCAAAGACUCAAAGUGCUUCAGGCAUGCACCUAUUUUAGAACAAGAUGCAUAACCAACUUUGUAACCAUUAUCGGUACAUAAAGUGGCAGCUAUGAUAAAUAUGAAUAAGGUGUAAAUAUCUUUCUGGGCCAGAUAUAUGGCUACACUGUCUGAUAUAGGGGUUGCAGCAUCUAUUAAUAUCUUGAGUGCAUUAGCAUUCUUUAUAGCGUUUUCAGUUCUCCGGAUUCAACCAUUUAAUGACAGGGUCUAUUUUCCAAAAUGGUACUUAAAGGGUUUAAGAAACGAUCCACUGCAGACAAGUGCACUUGUACAGAAAAUUCUAAAUUUGGACUGGAAGUCGUAUUUGAGUUUCCUGAAUUGGAUGCCUGCCGCACUGAAAAUGCCAGAGCCUGAACUUAUUGAUCAUGCAGGAUUGGAUUCUGCGGUUUACUUGAGGAUUUACAGGACAGGGCUUAAAAUAUUUAUUCCAAUUGCAGUGGCUGCCUUUUCAAUCAUUGUUCCAGUGAAUUGGACAAAUCGCACUCUUGAGCACUCCAAUCUAACUUACAGCACCAUAGAUAAACUAUCUAUUUCAAAUAUUCCAAUUGGAUCAAUUAGAUUCUGGACACAUUUGGUCAUGUCGUAUGCUUUUACCCUCUGGACAUGCUAUGUGCUGAAGCAGGAGUAUGAAAUUGUUGCAUCAAUGAGGUUGCAUUUUCUUGCAUCAGAACAUCGUCGGCCAGAUCAAUUCACUGUACUUGUAAGAAAUGUGCCACCAGAUCCUGAUGAAUCGGUAGGUCAACUUGUGGAGCACUUCUUCUUGGUCAACCAUCCAGAACACUAUCUCAGCAAUCAGGUUGUGUAUAAUGCUAACAUACUGUCGGGACUUGUUGACGAGAAGAAGAAGAGGCAAAAUUGGCUAGACUAUUAUCAACUGAAGUAUACCAGAAAACUGUCAAAAAGACCAACUAUGAAGACUGGACUGCUUGGCCUUUGGGGAAAGAAAGUGGAUGCAAUUCAAUAUUAUACAUCGAAAAUUGAAAAACUCUCUGAAGAAAUUUUUUCAGAAAGAUUGAAAAUGGCCAAGGAUCCGAAAUUCAUCAUGCCAGCCGCAUUUGUUUCAUUCAAAACGCGAUGGGCUGCUGCUGUUUGUGCACAAACUCAACAAUCUAGAAAUCCAACUGUCUGGUUAACUGAGUGGGCACCUGAACCCCGUGAUGUGUAUUGGGAUAACCUGGCAAUUCCAUUUGUCUCCCUCACAAUAAGAAGGCUUGUUGUUGCCGUUGCUUUCUUUUUUCUUACUUUCUUCUUCAUGAUACCUAUCGCACUUGUACAGUCUCUUGCAAACCUUGACGGAAUAGAGAAAGCAGCACCGUUCUUAAAGCCUGUGAUUGAAGUGAAAGCUGUGAAAGCAUUCAUUCAAGGUUUCCUUCCGGGAAUUGCUUUGAAAUUUUUUCUUAUAUUUCUACCAUCAAUAUUGAUGCUGAUGUCCAAAUUUGAAGGCUUUAGCUCCAUAUCAAAACUAGAAAGGAGAUCCGCUAGUAGAUUCUACGUUUUUCAAUUUGUAAAUGUUUUUCUUGGGAGCAUAAUCGCAGGAACUGCAUUUCAACAGCUAAAUAAUUUCAUCCACCAAUCAGCAAAUGAAAUCCCAAAAACUAUAGGAGUCUCCAUCCCCAUGAAAGCAACUUUUUUUAUAACUUACAUAAUGGUAGAUGGAUGGGCUGGAGUUGCUGGGGAAAUUCUGAGAUUGAAGCCACUGAUAAUGUAUCACUUGAAAAAUUUCUUCUUGGUGAAAACUGAUAAGGACAGGAAAGAAGCCAUGGACCCAGGAAGCAUUGAAUUUUAUACAGGGGAACCUCAAAUACAACUUUAUUUCUUACUCGGUCUUGUCUAUGCUGUUGUGAGCCCAAUUUUACUUCCCUUCAUAGUAGUGUUCUUUGCCCUGGCGUUCCUUGUAUAUCGCCAUCAGAUUAUAAAUGUCUACAAUCAGGAAUAUGAAAGUGCUGCAGCAUUCUGGCCUGAUGUCCAUAGGCGUAUUAUAGUGGCGUUGAUCGUCUCACAAUUGCUUCUUUUGGGAUUGUUGAGUACAAAAGAAGCAGCUCAGUCAACCCCAUUGCUCAUUGCACUCCCAGUACUGACAAUUUGUUUCCACAUAUUCUGCAAAGGUCGUUAUGAACCAGCUUUUCUCCGAUAUCCACUACAGGAAGCGAAGAUGAAAGAUAUAUUGGAACGUACACGAGAGCCAAACCUGGACUUGAAGGAAUACCUUCAAAGGGCUUACGUCCACCCAGUCUUCAAGGCUGGAGAUGAUAAUGAUAGUGAUGCACAAGCUCAAGAAUGGGAAUUGAAGACUACUCUUGUUCCCACAAAACGGACUUCACGGAAAAAUACUCCGGUCCCUAGCAUAAAGAGCUCAGGCUCUACUGGACCCUUAUUAUCUGAUGUUCAGGGAAUUCCAAAUCCAUAAAAUCUGCUUAAAUAUGGUACUAGGUUACUUAGUAGACCGCGAGAUGAUAGAAUAUUAGCAGCGAUAACAAUGCAGCUGUACAAUAGUAGAUGACAGGAGGUAGACUGCUUAGAUAAAUAGCAUUAUGAAAUUUCGUGUUCUGACAAAUUAUGUAGUCAGUUUGGUUGAUCUUGUGUCAGCCAUGGAAAAUGCGACAAAGAGAAUGUUGUAACAGCAGUACUGGCUUUUAUAAAAUACAGUUCCUGCUUGAUUUCUCACCAGUCACCAUGAGUGACAGACUGAGGAGAAGCAUAGCUGCAUAGGGGAGUUUUUAAGCAGGGGUGAGUACGGUACGGGUAAAGUCGUGGUUCCCGAGUUAUCCAGGACAAUCCCAAUUUUCAGAUAUUCAAGAUGUUAGAGAAUCAAAA